CUCUUAUGAAUGAAUGUCCGCUAGACGGCGCUGCAGUAUUCGAAAAUGGCGGCAUUCAAAAGGAAAGCAUGAGGAUUUGAUUGAUAUAUAUCGGCUACUCAAACUAAGCGUUAUUUUCACAUUCUAAGUGUCCGACCACCCGCCAACAUGGUGUCCAUGAUGGGCGGCAUCCCCCCUCUGACCCUCCAGGACGUACUGGACAGUGCUGGACGCCAGAUCGACAAACAUCUACAGGAAGACAAAAAUUACCUCGACCUGUCUGAACUGCUGAGAAUUCCCUCACAUAGUCAGCCAACCCAGAGUGGACUGAUGGACAUUGACUACCCGAGCCUGCUGGAGGCGGGCAUGGGGCUGGAGGGGCUGACCGAGAUGACCAGCAUCAAGAGGGUGCCUCUACCCCCGGAGCUUGUCGAACAGUUUGGACGCAUGCAGUGCAACUGUAUGAUGGGCUUGUUCCCGGACAUUGAGAGGGCGUGGCUAACCAUUGACAGUGACAUCUUUGUUUGGAAGUAUGAGGAUGGGACUGACCUUGCUUACUUCGAUGGUUUGAAUGACACCAUCCAGUGUGCAGCUCUUGUAAAACCCAAACCAGGUAUCUUCCAGCCUCACAUCCAGUACCUGCUGUGUCUGGCAACAGCUGUGGACAUCGUCCUGCUCGGCGUCAGCUUCGCCAGACCUUUUGAAGGGAGCAGCCAUGAUGCAGGUGUCGGGGAGAUGCACCUCCUACCUGACCCCCUCUUUUCCAUCCCCACCGACAACACUGGCAUCUUCAACAUUGCGGGGGCUGACAACGGACGGAUCUUCAUGGCAGGGAAGGAUGGUUGCCUCUACGAGCUAGCCUACCAGGCUGAAGACGGCUGGUUCAGUCGCAAGUGCCGCAAGAUCAACCACUCCACCAGCAAGCUGUCUUUCCUUGUACCCUCCAUAUUUAACUUCAGUGAGGAUGAUCCAUUGGAACAAAUCUGUAUUGACAACUCCAGGAACAUCCUGUAUGCACGCUCGGAGAAGGGUACGAUUCAGGUGUUUGAUCUCGGUGAAGAUGGAAGGGGGAUGGGGAAGGUGGCGGCGCUGUCCCAGAACACAGUCAUGAUGCAUGCCGCCGCCGUGGCCAGAACUGUGGAGAGGUCCAACUUCAAGCAGAUAGUUCACCUGGCGGUCGUCACCAAGUCGGAGUCCUACAACAUCCACCUCGUUGCAGUCACUCAGUCAGGUGUGCGUCUGUAUUUCACAACCAAUCAGUUUGGGUCCAGCAAAGGUCGGCCGAGCCUCCUGACCCUGGUGCAUGUGCGCCUGCCCCCCGGGUUCUCCGCCUCCUCUACUACACAGAGACCCAGCAACAUCCACAUGGCCUACCAUCACAGAGACACCCUGAUGUUAGUGGCCCCGCAGAAUGACGACAAUGACAUGUUGUGGGCCAUCAGCAGCGAUUCCUUCCCUUUCCAGAACCAACUCAUGGAAACACAGAUGACAUUGCCGGUUGACGGUAAGACCUGGGCUAUGUGCGAGUCCACCAUCCCCCACCUGCCCCUGCCUGCAGCCACAAGGUCGUUGUCAUCUCGGCCAGACCCUCCGUCAGUCGUCACACAACACGUAAAGCCCCCACGCAGGUUCAUUGUCCUCAGUGCACAGGGAAGUCACAUCCUCCAGAAACUGCGGCCAAUGGAACAGCUUCAGCAGCUGCUCAUCGAGUGCCAGGGGCCAGAUGCUGAUGAGGUCAAGGGCUUCUUCCGGCUGCAUCGGAUUGAGCUUGCCUGCGCCACCUGUCUGGCUAUAGCGUGCUCUCGACCACUGGCAGACCAGCAGGUCGGGGACUGGGCGAGGAUGGCGUUCUUCAUGUACGGCGGGGAAGCUCAGUAUAACUUCAGUGUCCCUUCCUUCGGAGGACACAUGGCUGCAGCCAACAUCGGACCAGCAUCCUUCUCUUCUGGUCCUAUGGGGUCAGUGCCUGCCUCUCUCAGUAGCACUGUAAUCUACAGUCCCACCUCCCAUGGGACCAGUUUUGCUCCUUUUGCCACCCCUAUGCCAGGUAUGCAGCCUGCCCACAUGUCGACACCAGCUCCACACAGCUUCCAGCAGCCCUUCUACCAACCAGGACUUACCUCCCUUGGCAGCCACUCCCAGGAAGUCAUAUACUCCGGCAAACAUAAUGGCAUCUGUAUUUACCUCAGCAGAAUCCUCAGGCCCUUCUGGGAUUCCCAAGUGACGACGGAGUUCCCCUGUCAGACACCUCAAGGGAUGGUCACCUACUUGACCAGCAGCUACAGCAGCGACAACAUCACCACCACUCUGGAGCUUGUGCGGGACCUCCUCGACUUCAUGGACUUCAACUCCAGGUUCGACUCCGGCGGCCCGAUAGAUAGCAUGAUGCCGAUGAUGCAGUUUCAGUCUCGUAUGGUGGGGCCACUGGAUGAGCAGACAAAGAAGAAACUGCAAGCGGAGGCCCAGAGGCAGGAGAAGAUCUCCCUCCAGCACAUCCAGGACGUGCUGCACCGUGUAGAGGAGGUCCUGGGGCUGUGGAAGGUCCUGUUUGAUCACCAGUUCCAUGUCAUCGCCUCCGGGCUCACCAAGGAUCAACAGAAUCAGCUCCGGUCAAUGUCUUUCAAGCAGCUUGUCAUCAGUGGGAAGGAGAUGUGUAAUUCCUUGAUCACAUGUCUCAUCAAUCGUUACCUUGACGACAAUGCAACAAUAGAUGCCAUCAGCAAGAAGCUGAGAGAAGUUUGUCCAUCACUGUACAGUUCUGAUGACGCUACAUGUUCUAAGUCCAACGAGUUGCUGCAGGCGGCCCGAGUCAACCAGAACCAGCAGGAGAAGAGGAAGCAGCUGAAUGAGGCGCUCCGGCUGUACAAGAAUGUGAACACCCCCCUGCAGCUGCCAGCUGUGUGUAGCCAGUUCGCCAACAUCAACUUCUAUGAGGGCAUCGUUGAGCUGUGUCUGACAGAGGCUCGUAAACUUGACCCGCAGGACCUGGCCUCUCACUUCUACCAGAACGGGGAGCCCCCAGAAGACACCCAGGGAUUCCAGGCUUACUACCACAGGAUGGAGUGCUACAAGUGCAUCACCGAGAUCCUGGGCUACCUGUGGUCUGCUAGUGUGUCCCACCCCCAGGCUCCCAGUGUACCCAAGUCCCCCGGCCCCCCUCCAGCCCCCGACCCCAGCCGUGUCGCUGCCCCUCAGGCAGACCAAUAUAGGACCGACAUCCUAAGGAUGGCCCUCAAGUCGGAGGAUGCUCUGUUCCACACAUCCCUGUACGACUGGUUCUUCAUCACCAACAACUCAGAGAAACUUCUGGAGAUUCAGACCCCCUAUGUGGAAGCCUAUCUGAAGCGGAAGACACAGCUACACUCUGGCAAUGUGGAGGCUCUUGACAUGCUGUGGAAGUACUAUGAGAAGAUCCAGAACUUCCCCUCCGCAGCUAAGAUCUUGUCCCAGCUGGCGGAGAGACACAGCAUGGACGUGCCCCUGCAGCAGCGGAUCGAGUACCUGUCCCGGGCCAUCAUGUGUGCCAAGAGCUCCACGUCCAGGAUAAUGUCGGCCGCAGGGGGAGAGUUUCUGCACGAGCUGGAGGAGAAGAUGGAGGUGGCCCGACUACAGCUGCAGGUACAGAAGGCGCUGGCCAAGUCCCUCGGUCCGGCCAUCCCACACGGUGACACCAGGGGACUCCUGGUCAGACUGGACUCUGAACUGCUGGACAUCACCACGCUGUAUGAAGAGUAUGCAGACAGGUUUGACCUCUCUGAGUGCAAGCUGGCCAUCGUCCACUGUGCUGGACUCUACGACAAUGCCCUGAUUGACAACCUGUGGCAGAGUAUAAUUGAUAAAGACUUUGCUACCAAUUCAGCAGCGGCCGCCCAAGUCCGAGUGACCAACAUCAGCAAUCAUCUAGUCAGUGUUGCUAAGAUCUAUGUCAAUACUGAGAGAUACUUUCCUGUGGCCUUCAUCAUUCGGCAUCUGGAACAGAAGAGUUGUGAGCUGAACUUUGACCCUAACUGGGUGUUCCGGGCGAUGCUGGAUAUCGGUGUGGCUCCGCCCAAACUGCUGGAGAUAUAUGACAGGAUGUUCAAGUCAAGGGAUCCGUACUGGCAGACAAGACAGAAGCCCCUGCACCUGCUGGUGGUGCUGCUCAGCUUCCUGGCUCACUACUCCAACAACCCCAACAUCAUCCCCACACUGGAGAGACGGCGUUUCUCGACGGUGUGUUUGGAUGCUGUGUCCAGCUACCUGGUGGAACUCCAGGCCAGGAGCAGCGCUGACCAGACGGUCAAGAGGCUUAUCAGUCAGUUCAAGAGUCUCCAGUCCAAGCUGGAGAGGUUAUAGGACAACAUCACCUGUAGAUGUAUUGUACAGCUGAGUCCUCAAGGCCUUCAAAGAAGACUGCAACAUCCUAGAUUACUAAGGAUAUGCAUGCGACAUACUCAGCUCAAUGACUGUAUAAGGGUUGGCUGGGGAAUGAUAGGAAGAGUGGAAGUGUAAAAGUGUAAGCCAGGUACGUGUGAGCCUGUGGAAGUCUCCCGGCAUGAAUACAAAGAUGUCUGCAGAUCUGAACAGAGUCUGAAGUUCCGGAUGAGAAUGGAUGCUUAUCAGGAUGAUUCAGAACUUGGUAAUCAGAAAGUCGUGGAUAGCAGUGGACAUGGAAAAACUUCAUGUUGCAAUGAGAGCCUUAAACAGUAAUGUCUAUGUUGAUGUCCAGUUUAAAUGAAGAAAAUGUUUAACUGAGUCAUUACACUGACGGCAGUUUUUGAGGGAGUGAUGUGGUUGAAGGACUUAUGGCUGAACAUGUAUGAACACCUGCGGCUGAACAAGUAUGAACACCUGAGGCUGAACAUGUGUGAACACCUGCGGCUGAACAUGUGUGAACACCUGCGGCUGAACAUGUAUGAACACCUGCGGCUGAUCAUGUAUGAACACCUGCGGCUGAACAUGUAUGAACACCUGUGGCUGAACAUGUAUGAACAACUGUGGCUGAACAUGUAUGAAAAGCAGAACUCUGAUCAGGUUACAGCAAAUGUGAUGUGUAAUGAAAUUGAUUUUAUUGUCCUGUAUCAGUAUUAUGAAAAAAUAAUAGGUUAUGUAUUCCAAGUUGAAGUUCUGCAAUGUUCAGUGUGAGAUGGAUGUGUGUACAGAAUGGGACAGCCAGGAAGGAUACAAGGGGCUGUUUGUGUUGAAUGAGAGAUUUGUUGAUACAAUGGGACCGAAAUGUGCUAUUAUAUUGUGCUAAGCUGUCAUAUAUACUACUCAAAAGUUAAAAAACACCCAACUUUUUCAUUUCACUUGUUACGUCAUGUCAUGAAACAAUCGAUAGUAUGCAUGGAUCACUGCAUCGCUGGAUGUUGUAAUUAUCAUUGUGAAAUAUGUACAUGUUAUAAUGUGGACCUAUGUCAUUUCUUAUGUAAAUCAUGGUUUUAUUACAAAACAGAUUACAAACUUAAUUAAGUGUUAUUCUGGUGGUAAAUGCAUAUUGAUAAAACUUUGGAAUCAUUCACAAUUAAAUUCUUUCUCAUUUACGUUUUUAGAUCAUGAGUCCCAAGGCGUUAUUGUGUAAAAAGAACAAAAAUAUGUGUAUAUAGAUAAUUGAAGUGAGGUUGGUGCUCAAUAAAUGUGGUAUGAA